UACGCACCCUGUCGGCUCUUAAGAGAGUCCAAGAGCUGCGGGGCCCGGAGAGGAGUGGCUGGAGCAGCCGGGUGAGCCUUCUGAAAAGUAGCUGAGUGAGCUGGUCAGCGGGAAAGAGUAUCCAUAUUUCCGUUUCUGUGUCCAGUAGUUUUGACUCAUCAUGGAUGAUCUAUCACCAGAAGAAAUUCAGCUUCGGGCUCACCAAGUUACUGAUGAGUCUCUGGAAAGCACAAGGAGAAUCCUGGGUUUAGCCAUUGAGUCUCAGGAUGCAGGAAUCAAGACCAUCACUAUGCUGGAUGAGCAAGGGGAACAACUAAAUCGCAUAGAAGAAGGCAUGGACCAAAUAAAUAAAGACAUGAGAGAGGCAGAGAAGACUUUAACAGAACUCAACAAGUGUUGUGGCCUCUGCGUCUGCCCUUGUAAUAGGACCAAGAAUUUUGAGUCUGGAAAGAACUAUAAGGCAACAUGGGGUGAUGGUGGAGACAGCUCACCUAGCAAUGUAGUAUCUAAGCAACCAAGCCGGAUAACAAACGGUCAGCCUCAGCAGACUACAGGAGCGGCCAGCGGUGGAUACAUUAAACGCAUAACCAAUGAUGCCAGAGAAGAUGAGAUGGAAGAGAACCUGACUCAAGUGGGCAGCAUCCUAGGGAACCUAAAGAACAUGGCUCUGGAUAUGGGCAAUGAAAUUGAUGCUCAAAACCAGCAAAUACAGAAGAUCACAGAAAAGGCUGACACCAACAAGAAUCGCAUUGACAUUGCCAAUACAAGAGCAAAGAAACUCAUUGACAGCUAAAACCCUGCUGUACUUCUUUACCUGUUAACUCAGUCUCGGGCUCCUGCUCAGUCUUUUCUUACUCAGUUUGAAAGACUGUGCGAGAAGGGCAGGGGAGGAUGCCUCCUCCUUCCUUCCUUUCUGUCUUUUGGGGUAGGUUCUUGCUCAGGCGUUCUUAGUCUUUCUCAAUUCACUCUUGUAGGCUGCUUUCUGUACAUCACUUAGUCUCUCCAUCUCGUCAUUUAGCUUUUGUGUUCAAGACUUGGAAGCAUUGCCAAAGAGCCAUGAGGGGAGGCAGCUGGAUAAGGAGCUUUUGCCAUUAUUGGUUGGUUGGCUUGGUUUUGGUUUUAUGGUAAAGAGCAAGAGGAAGGAAGAAGUAGUGAAGUGACUCAUUAAAGAAACUACAGGUCACAAAAAACCCUCAGUGCUUGGGGUAGGAGCUUUCACACGGGUUUUGUUCUACACCACUGUUUUCCAGCUUCUGCUCCAAAGAGAAUACAGUGAGUUUUCCAGAAGUGAGCUUCACUCCUAAACCCUUAGUGAUUUGUGUAUAAAUGUAGGCUCUUGGGUCCCGUUUCAUAUUGCACAUGUAGCAACACUAUAUAAACGAGUGCCUUUUAUUCUCAUACAGUAAGUCAUAGCAUGGCCCCAUUGCAGGCCUGUUAACUUCAUGGAGCUGUCAGUAGCCUUUAAAAGAUGUACAUAUAUAUAUGUGAAAUCGGAGACUUCCUCACUAAAGCAGGGUGUAUCAUGUGAAUUCAGAUUUACCUCGUAAGAAUUAUGUUUAGACAUGAAAAAGACUUGUUUUGAUCUCAGGUAGAAAAAUAGAUUGCUUUGAGUUUUGUAUAGUUUUAGACGUUUAAAAAGUUAUAAUCGGUUACUAAAAGUUGUUUGGAAAAUUAUGCCUUUGAUUAAUUAUUGAUGACCACACUGCCAUUCUCUCUGCCUUACACACAGAAUCAAGUUUGUGUAGACCCUGAAGUGUUAGGAAAGCUGAACUGGUAUUUGUCACCUUUGUUUAAAAAUCAGCAUGUACAAUUGCAAAGUAGAUCGGUUUGACCAGUAACCAUUGCUUGAUUCUUACAAUUAAAUUUUGUAAUUAAUGGUAUUGUUCUUCAAAUAGGUGAUGUUUCUAUGACUUAUUUGUGGGGGCAAUCAUUUUACCAGCUUUUGUUAACAUUAGAUAAAGCAAAUGUCCAUACGUCAUGCACGCCAAUAGAAAGUUGCAUUAGCUCUUCUCUACUUUUCACCAGAAGUGUGUACAGGACUUCCUACGGUUUGCUUUGAGUUCAUUCUAGACAUUACUUGUCUUAGUCGUUUGAACUUAAAUACACUACUGAGUAUUUCUGAGUGAGAAUUCAAGUCAUGUAUUGAAGAUGAGUCUAGCAUAGCAACAUUCAGAGGGUGAAGAGGACAGUGUGCAAAACAAAGCAGUGUUCCAUGCCAGAGUGAGGAGCUAUUGGGUACAGAUACCUAAUGUAUGAAGUAUGGCUGAGUGUAAAACACUGGACUGUGCUGUGCCCAAAAGUGCUUCCCUUAGUCAUUUAAAAACAACAUGGUGAUUUGUCCAAAGGAACGGUACCAAAAGGUAGUAUCCAAGGUAUUAUUUGGCUAGAAUAUGCACUAAAGCAACCCUUUGCUCUUGCUGGCUGGUGUGAACGCAUGCUUAUUUCUUGCCUUAAUUUCUAUACCUGUAAAUGGGAAUUAAUAAAUCCUGUUUUAUAAACUAA